AUGCACGCACGUGCUCUGCAAUGCAUCGCAGUCUGCCGGCAAGCGGCGAGGCAGCCCUCUGGUGCAAGAAAGGCCAAAUCCGCUCGGACCACCUCCCGCCCCCCGACUGCUGCGGUCGCCGCUAGGCCGGCCAGCUUCCAGCCUCUGACGGAGGAAGGCCCUUUGCUGGAAAGGGCUCCCAUCGGCAGGAUGUUCCCUCCCUCCGCUAAGCGGCCAACGGCCCCCGUCCAGGCCUCUGGAAACGGCCCCCCCCCUCUGGAAGUGGCCAAAAGCGGGACCAACGCCCUUCUCGGACUUCCAGGGCCGCGUCCAGCGCCACCAAGGCCCCCCGGUCGUGAUGCCCCUGAACCUGGAGCGCCCCCCGGAGCCCCCCACGGUUGUCCCCCCCCCCCGGGCCACCGUCUCCCGCCUCCAAGCGUUCACGUCCCUGGCAGCCUCGGGUACUUUGCUGGCGAUGGCGCCCCCAACGAGGUUUCCUGCCCCGACACCUGGACUCCCACGAAGGACGGGAUGCCGGCCGAGGACGCCCUGCAACGGGGCGCUGACGGGCCUCCGGCCGAGUGCACGACGAAGACGCCGCUGGCCCGGAGGCAGUUUGUGCACGCCCUGGGCCUUGGCCGUAGCGCCAACAACCGCUCCCUGCCCUGGCCACUGUGGAAGCGGAUGCCUCCCAGAUCUUGGCCACUAUGUAGUCUCUGA